UAGCUGGUGUGUUUUACAUUCACCAUGAGCUUGUCAGAAAAUUAUUACUUCCACAAAGGGAGCCUGGGCCUGAGGCAGUGCAGGACUCCUAUAAAAGGCAGCCCAACGCUCUGCUCUCUCAUCCACUUCUCUCGCCUCCUUCUCCUGGGGAAUCAGGUGACCUUCUGACCCAGAGACAUGUCCUGCUGCAACCCGUGCCUGCCCUGCCAGCCCUGCGGCCCGACCCCGCUGGCCAACAGCUGCAAUGAGCCCUGUGUCAGGCAGUGCCAGAGCUCCAAUGUUGUCAUCCAGCCCUCUGCAGUGAUUGUGACCCUGCCCGGCCCCAUCCUCAGCUCCUUCCCACAGAACACCGUUGUGGGCUCCUCCACCUCUGCCGCUGUUGGCAGCAUCCUCAGCUCUGAGGGAGUUCCCAUCAACUCUGGGGGCUUUGACCUCUCCUGCAUUACCAGCCGCUACUGUGGCAGCAGAUGUCGCCCCUGCUAAAUAUGCUGGCAAGUACUUUUGCCAUGAAACUCCCAAAACCUUGGAACAUGGUCCUUGAAAGGAGAUAGAGAUCCAUGGUUUUGGAUUCAGAGCUUUGAACCACUGUUUCCUUCUUCCAGUGAAGUCUCUUACUCUUUCCUCUGUUUAUUCUGUCUCCCAAGGCCAGCCUAGCUGUGACCUGUUGGUCUCCCUCCCUCUCCAGGGCAGGCAGACUGACUCCCGGCAGGAGUUUCGCCACAUCCUUGUGUGUGUCCAUGGUGCUCCCUGUGAACCGCUUCCUUUUCUUCUUGAAACUCAUUAAAGUUGUCUUGCAUCUAA